AUGGGAUGGGGUUCUGGUGCGGGCAAGGGCAAGAUCCUUGCCCCCGCUGCCGGCGACCUGGUUCACGUCAGCGCCCACAACCCGUUUGACGGCAAGAUGGUGCUUACCGACAUCUCGGGCCUCGCACACAGGGCGUCGAAGAAGCAGCCGAAGCAGGUGGCGCAGGAGGGAAUCUCGCAGCGUCAGCAGCAGUAUGUGAUGCAGCACCUCCAGGGCAUCUAUGCUUUGGGUGGCAAAGUGUGUCUCGUCCUUGAUGGCCGUGCGUACCCGCCAAAGAAGAAGGAGCGCGAGAGGCGGCGCGGGACAAGCCAGCAGGCAGUCGAUGAGGCGCUGGCAAAGGAGGCGAGGAACGAGGACGCCUCCAAGGAGUGGAAGGCUGCUGCACGCCCCGCCGAGCCACUCUGGGCGUGGCUGAUGCAGGAGUGCAUCGACAAGGACAUGCCCUUCAUCGUUGCACCGUACGAGGCAGACGAGCAGCUCGUGUCCCUGCAGUGGGAGCUGGGGGUGGACCAGGCGGUGAUUUGGGCCGCCUCAGAGGACAGCGACCUCGCUGCCUUUGGCGCCCUGGAGGUGAUUUACGACUGGAACAUCAUGUCGCAAACGUACCGCUCCUCCCGGCUGAUGGAGCAGGUGGUGGGCAAGCAGGUAGACAGCAAGUUCUCCUUUGUCGGCUGGAACUACGACCGCUUCCUUGCUCUCGUCAUUGCCUCCGGCCACGACUACUUCAAGCACAAGAAGGCGGAAGGCAAGCAGGGAUGGGGACUUGUGACCGUCUACAACGCCAUGAGCGCGGCGCGCCUGCCGCCAGUCUACACGCCAGCAGUCCCGCACCCGCCGCUGCACGACCGGCCGGCUGAGUGGUCAACGGAUGCUGCUGUCCUUGGCUACGUGGCGCCCCUGCUGGCGAAGCUGCCGCAGGCAGACCGGGCGACCGUCGGUGAUCAGAUUGUCGCUGCCUGUCGUGCCGUCCGCCUCCACCCCGUGUACAACCUCACGAGUCUCGGCCCGGAACGCCUGUCCUGGCCCAACCUCUCGGUCGACGUCGCUCAGCCGUUCCUCCAACCAGGGCUAAGCAUGCCGCCGGCCGACGCUUCGUGGGCGCAGCAGGUUCCGGGUAUCGAGCUCGAUGCCGAUGCUGCGACGGCAACGAGCGACUCGGAGACCGAGGACGCAGACCCGGCUGUGGCGAUGGACGCGUCCGGCGUCAAGCUGAGUACGAUCGACACCGUGUCGGACGCCAAGGUGCUUGCCUUCCUCGGAGAGUACGGGGUGGAGGUCUACGCCAACUGGUCGUCAGAGACGAGCCGCGGUGUCGCUCGUCGGCUCCUCGAGCAGUAUCCGGAUGGCGAGGUGCCCAUGCUCAAGCCGAAACACCCGGCCCUACACCGGCACUCGCGCACGAGAACCAACCUCAAACUCGUGCCGGGCGCCCCGCGAGGUUGUUCGGUAGUGUACGACGCGGUCCAGGACCUCAAGCAGUCAGGCUUGUUGCUCGAUGCGGCGACGCGUGACAAGUUCCUCCCCUUUGAGAACACGCAAGCUCGAGGCUACCGGCUGUACGACUCCACUUCUGGCAUGUCGCGCGCAACUCGCGUCGGCAACUUCUCGCACGCGCACUCGAAGCAGGCCACCCUGUCGAUCAUUCCCCAUGAGUACCCAUUGUAA